GUGUUUCAGAGAAUACUUUAUUUUCUCAGGAACACAAUUCAAUUUUAACUAAUGCUAAAGCUGAUAAAUUCAAUAAUGAAGCUUAUAAAAUGAACAAAAAAAUAGUUAGAAAACCAGAAGUUCAUGAAAAAGCUAAUAAAGUAAUCGAUGAAAAAGCUGAAAUAGAAACAUUAAUAGAUAAGGUUUAUUGUUAA